AUGCGCGGCGUGCCGAGCCUGGUGCUGGAGCGCGACGACUGCGUGGGCUCGCUGUGGCGGAAGCGCACCUACGACCGCCUGUCGCUCCACCUCCCCAAGUACGCCAGCGCGCUGCCGCACGCCCCACACCCCGCCGACGCGCCCAACUACCUCCCGCGGGACGACUUCGUGCGCUACCUCGACGGCUACGCCGAGCGGUUCGGCGUCCGCGCGCGCACGCGCCUCCGCCGCGACGUCCGUGCCGCGCGCUUCGACGCCGCGCGGCGGCGGUGGGACGUCGAGGCCGUCGACCUCCAGACCGGCGAGGCCGAGCGGUACGCGCCGAGGUUUCUCGUGGUCGCCACGGGGUCGUACGACGAGAAGUUCGUGCCGGAGGUGCCCGGCCUGGAAGGCUUCCCCGGCAAGGUGAUGCACGCCAGUGAGUACCGGUCGGCGAAGGGGAUGAUGGGGAAGACCGUCCUCGUCGUUGGCUGCGGCAACUCCGGCACGGAGAUCGCCCUGGACCUUGCUGAAGCCGGCGCUAUAACCUCCAUCGUUGUCCGCAGUGAGGUUCACAUCCUCACGAAAUGGAUACUGAACCUGGGAGUGACGCUGGGGUUUUACCUGCCGGUCUGGAUGAUCGACAAGGUGGUGCUGCUCUUGUGCUACCUCGUGUUCGGGGACACGUCCAAGCACGGGAUCCCGAGGCCGGCCAUCGGGCCCUUCGCCAGGACGCAGCAGACCGCAGCCCUUCCCGUCAUCGACGUCGGCACCUACAAAAAGAUCAAGAGCGGCGAGAUUCAGGUUAUACCAGCAGGCUUGAAGAGAGUGCAUGGGAACAUUGUCGAGUUCGCCGACGGCAGGCAGUAUCCUUUCGACGCCAUCGUCUUUGCCACCGGCUACAGGAGCGCGAUAAAGCGGUGGCUCCAGGACGGCGGCGAUCUGAUCAGCGACAACGGGAUCCUGAAGCAGCGCAGUCCGAAGGCAGAGAACGGGCUCUAUUACGCAGGGCUGUCGGGGAGAGGCAUCUUCGGCAGUGCCAUGGACGCAGAAUUCAUUGCCGGCGACAUCAGCAAGCAGCUGUUGCCUCAGGCCCAGGGCAAGCCCGAUCACUAG